AUGGUUUUGAGUUUGGGGCUCCAGAGUCAGGAAGGUAAUGAUGAAUUAGAAAUGAAGAAGGAAGGAGAAAUCCACACCGUGGAGAAGCCUUAUCAAUAUUUGGAGUGUGAAGAGAGCUCUAAUCAGAGCUUCGAUUUCACUUCUCAUCAAAUAAGUCCCAUUGGGAAAAAACCCUAUCAGUGCUUGGAAUGUGGAAUGUGUUUCAGUCAGAGGAGAAGCCAUACAGGUGAGAAGCCCUAUCAGUGUUUGGAAUGUGGAAAGAGCUUCACUAGGAAGGAAAGUCUCACUUCUAAUAAGAGAAUCCACAGUGGGGGAAAACCUUAUCAGUGCUUGGAAUGUGGAAAGAGCUUUCAUGCAAGCACAAACCUCCGUCAACAUCAGAGAAUUCACUGUGGGGAGAAACCAUUUCAAUGCCAAGAGUGUGGAAAGAGCUUCGUUAGGGAAAAAGAUCUCUCUUCCCAUCGAAUAAUUCACACAGGUGAGAAAUCAUAUCAUUGCUUGGAAUGUGGAAGGAGCUUCACCUGGAAGAAAAGUUUCCUUUCCCAUCAAAGAAUUCAUACAGGGGAGAAACCACACAAGUGCCUGGAUUGUGGAAAGAGCUACAGUAAGAGGGCUAAUCUCACGACCCAUCGGAGAAUUCACAGUGGCGAGAAACUGCACCAGUGCUUAGAAAUUCAUUCAGGGAGGAAACCAUAUCCGUCCUUGGAAUGCGGAAAGAGCUUCAGUCAGAGUGCCCACCUCACUGCCCAUCAAAGGACUCCCCACAAGGUGAAGCCAUAG